UAAUUUGAAUCUUUUUUCUGGGCUUGGAAUACACAGUACAUGCUCUCUCUCUUUCUCACAUGCACACACAGCAAUUGAUUGACUAUGUAGCACAAGUUGGUCACGUCAGUACUUAGUCUACAGGCUUGUCAUCUCAGUACUUAGUCAUUGUAAACAAAAAUAUGUAGUUAAUGCUGUAUGCAAAGACAGAAAUGCUUGCUUAUCCCUUUAGUGUUCAAACCGGCCGUAACCGGCCAAAUUAAUUCCCCUUUAUUUGUUCAAGCCGGCUGUAUCCGACUGCUCUACGAAAUAAACAAAUCAUGUUAUUCAAUAAAAAAUAAACAAAUCACGUUAUUCAAUUCUCGUAACAUUUGAGAUAGUGCGAAAUGAAGCCUUUCCCAUCUUUAUUCAAGUAUAAAUACUGUGAAAUUGUUUAGACUACAUGGUUUUUUUCAACGUUUGAAGAGAAGUGUGUACCUUAGUUGUUGAAGAAAUGGUGUCAGCAAGUAGCGAUUCUGACUUUGAAGGUCUUACUCUUGACGAUAUAGAAAAUAUAAAUGAAAACAAAAGUAUUUUGUCUUUGGAUGAAUAUGAUAUCGAUAUUAGUGAUUAUUUGUCGGACAAGGAAGAUUUUGAGAACGAAAGUGAUGAAAAUGAUAUCGUAAACAUGGCAAUGUGGUCAAAGAUUACAACACCAAUCACUAUUCCUGAUUUCACAGAAAACACUGGUCCACAACACAAUUUACCUCCUGAUGCACAACCAUUGGACUAUCUAUUUUUAUUUUUACCAGAAAGUUUUUCUGAAAAUGUUAUGGAGGAAACAAACAAAUAUGCGCAACGUUUAAUUUCUGUUCGUGGAAGAGAUGAUCCACUAUGGCAGCCAACUUAUCCUGCGGAAAUGAGAGCGUUUUUCACAAUUAAUACAAUGUUUGGUGUUAAACAGCUUCCUCAAUUGUGGAACUACUUGAGUCCUGAUAUAAGGUAUGGCAAUCCUUAUAUCUCAAGUAUAAUGUCAAAAACGAGGUAUUCGAACAUAUCUCAGUAUUUGCAUUUAACUGAUUCUGCUAAUGCCCCCAGUAAAAACGACCCAAACUACGAUCCCCUGUACAAAGUACGUCCUGUAAUUGAUUUACUUGUUAAUAAUUAUGAAGCUGUGUAUCUAUUGGGGAAAAAUCUCAGUGUAGAUGAAGCCAUGAUAGGCUAUAAGGGCAGAGUACAUUUUCGGCAGUACAUGCCUGCCAAACCUACUAAAUGGGGGAUCAAGGUAUGGGAAGUUUGUGAAUCAGAGACUGGAUAUUGUGUAAACUUCGAUGUUUACAUGGGUAAAAAAUAUAAUGGAAACAUACUGCAUGGAUUGGGACAUGAUGUUGUAUGGGCUCUUACUGGACCAUUUCACCAUCAGCACCGAUGCCUCUAUUUAGACCCUUUUUUUUUCUUCAGUGGCUUUGGCAGAAAAUCUUGCCUGUGUAAGUAUUUACACAUGCAGUACUGUUAUGGGAAACUGUAAAGGUUUAUCCCGUGAAAUGAAAACAAAAUUUAAAAAAAGAGGGGACAUUUUACAAAUGCAAAAAGAAAAUUUUUUAAUUCAAAGACAAAAGACAGAUUUUAUUUCUGUCUUCUAAUGAACAACCUGGUGUUGGUGCUGAGGGGAAACUGCUAGUGAAUAUUUGUUAUAACAAAUAUAUGGGUGGGGUUGAUUAAUCCGAUGAAUAUUGGGCAUGUUACCUAGUUGGUCGACAUGGGAAGAAAUGGUGAAGGUACAUUUUGUGGUUUCUAGUUAAUUUAACUAUUGUAAAUUCAUAUAUUGUAUAUGUAAAAAGUUCCAAACGUACCUCUGCCACCAAAGGACUACGACCACUUGAAAUUCCACAUCUCAGUUACGUGAGGGCUUUUCUUCUAGAAAACACAGAACUGGGAGAAAAGCAAAAUUAACUGAGGUGGAUAUCAACAGAAAAUAUUGACUUUCAUAAAGUUGAAAAAAUAAAUGGAAGGAAAAAAGUUUGCAGACUGUGUUCGCUGCAAAAAAAAGGAAAACUG